UUCCAACAAUGCCAUGCGUCGAGCAGCAUGGAUAACUUGAUGUUCCGCUUAACUAGUGGUUCCAGUAACCACAACGUCAUCCAUCGCAAUCGGCACUCGGACGACAUUCAUGUACACACAACCGUCAUUUCUUUUUCUACGUUGCGCAAUACUCGAUUCAUAUUGUCAUUGAAUUUUGCAUGCCUGACAAUGAGUGUUUAUUUUUUCCAAUUCACAAGGGACGCUUCAUAUGUUAGUUGGCCACAGUCGGGAUUAUCAACCUUACACACUGUUACAAACAGGGAAAGUUUUCGCUGUACUUGCCUCCUUCGAAUUGCUUCCACGAUCAGAACCCAUAGUAUAGAGCCAUGA